AUGAAGGACCCUGCAUCUCUAUUGCUGCUUGUCGACGCCAACAGCAAAGUCAACACUCCCGCGAAUAGCCAUCACCGCUACCAAUCCUUGUCGGGCUACAACAUGACAGACCUGGAUUCUCAGCCUGAUUCCGAGAGCCGUACGGUGCUGAACGUCAAUGAAAGCCGUUGGCAAGACUUUGAUCACCUUUCGAUUGUUGAGCAGAGUGCUGUCGGCGAGCAGCAGACCGCCAAUCUUCCUUCAGCCGAAACUGAGAACGGACUUCCAAUCUUUAGUGACAGUCUUCAUCGCAGUGCUACGUCGAUGGAGCCUCCAUCUCCUCGUACUGUAGGCUCUAGAAUCAGCGAUCCCGCUGCCCAAACAUAUCCUCCUAGUCCUCCAUCAAACAACAGCAGUAGUGGAUUUUCAUCAGACAUUUGGAAUAUGUCACCAGAAGAGCGCGCUCUCAUGACCAACAGCGCCAACUUCGCUCGUGGCCGUCGUCGUCGAUGUGCUAUUCAGCAUGAUAUUCCCUUGGAGCUAGAGCUUCCUUCAUCACCUUCACCAGCUCCGUCUUCGUCCCCUGCUUCGCCUCACGAUCUUGAGAGUAGCGACGAUGAGAACGCCGGGGUUUCUGAGAAUCUCUCGAUUGAUCACGACAGAAGAGCAACCCCUCGUGUUCGUUUACAGCGCUCAUUCACGCCUUCAGAGCGUGACGAUGCUGGUGUGGCCUUGGUGCCCGGUCUCCUUCGUCGCCUCGGCCGCCCUUUCUCCGGUCCCUGGCGUGGUCCCUCGUCGCCUCUGGCCCCAGUUUCGUCGGUCGCUGCGCCGCCUGUGGGUCGUUUGUCUCGCCUGCGUCGUUUGUUCUCGCGCCGCCGUUGA